AUGUUUUUUAUAACGCUGGUCGCGUAUCUUAUUCGAGGGGUACAAGCAGCAGUGAACUUUGAGGCGUGCUGUGCACAGGUCCCCGUCUCCGACGAUAUCCGACCGUUCCAAUGGGAUUCAUGUCACUCAGCCUACAACUCAUCCGAAAAGGAUCCUCUAAAGAUGUAUUCGGUUCCCAUCAUCACAACAUACGAAUGGUGUCGACAAAACUGUGAAAGGAGCGGCGAUUUCCAAGUCAGUGAUACAAGCCAAUGGCUGACCCCGCUCGCAGCAUGGAUUAUUCCAGCCUCUGCGUUGUUGCUUUUGCUGCCUAUAUCGGAACAUCUCAAAGAUCACAAACAGCUGUGGGGUCGCACGAGGAAGGAGAAGUUGAUGGCACACUAUAUCCAUAAUUGGUUGGGUCCUGUAUUGCAAUAUUUGCAUAUUCUAGGAGAUCCGGCCAGCGCAUUCAACGGGUCUCUAGCACAAAUGGUUGCGGAUUGGAAUUUGUGUAUGUCGAUGCAUCGACCCAACAAUGGGAAGCGAGAGAAGGAGCUCAUUUUGACCGUUAUUCUUACAGAGCAGGCAGACUUCUUUUGUUCUCCUACCAGAAAUGCACUUGAGUUAAUGGCUGGUUCAAGUCGUGCGAGGGAGUAUAGUAAGACAGCGUGUCGGAUGAUAUGGAGUGCCAGGAAGAAAUUUAAUACUGCUGUUGUCCUGCCUGUUGCUCUAUACAUAGGGGUGGCGGCAUCGGUCUUUUAUGACGCCUAUCAGAAACUGGGAGAUAAUGGCACAUCUCAUAGCCUUGCUUAUGGAACUUGGUACAAUUGGGUUUUGUUAUUGUCGAUUUUCAGCAAUUGCUUUGCUUCCCACUCGAACCUCGACGCCGUACGUAGCGGCAUGGAGUUGAUAGUCCGCGGUGUUAUCGAAAACCAUAGUCCCAAGGAAUUUGAAGACUUAGGAUGGGAUAAGCAAACAGCUCAAACAUGUUCGGAAUCAUACAACAUAGCCACUGAGUCCUUAAUGGUAUUCCCACGUAUGCAUCCCCCAAUGAAUCCUAAUCCGAGAGCUCUCUUUGGAGGAUCAUUGGAAUGUAGGGGAGCUCCAUUGUAUAAAAGGUAUUGGAACAGUUGGUACUGGGUCAGGUGGUUGCAUAAGAACGGUGUGGAUAUUUCCAGACCAAAAGAGGGUAUAUUCAGCUAUGACAUCUUUUGGGUUGACUGGGCCUCGAGAAAUGUGAACCCCUGGGCAAAUUACCUUGCAGGACAAGUUCUCUCAUGGCUCUUUGUUCUAUAUUCAUGCACUUGCGCAGCAAUAUUAUCCUACACGACCCCCAAAGUUGGGUUAGGCUGCAGGCGUUCUUAUUGUUUUGUCACUACGCCCGAACAGCUUUGCACAUCAAUACUGGGCGAAGAAAGUAUGGCUAAGAGUCGCAUACGGGGCUUACGGAGGAAUUGCGAUGAUCGGUUUUGUGGUGUUGGCUUUUCGGCUAUAUAUUGCUUAUGUUGUCCGGAAAGGAUUGCAUUGAUUAUUAUUUUACUAGCUCUUCGGGAUAAAUCAUGCAGCAUCUAUCACCAUUCGUUUAUCUCCUUACAAGGUAGAAUGCAUAAUGUCUCUCUGAUUCCGCCUAGGUGA